AGCGUCAAAGCAAGCGCGCUUGAAAGAAUCGGGAUUUCAUUCGUUAUAACGUAGCGUCAAAACUAGCGCGCUAGAAAAAUGUAGCAUAUUCCAUAAUAUAGCGUGUUAUGAAAAUAUAGCCGUUAGGAACACCAUUGCUCACUAGCUAGUGCCAAAAACAAAAAAUAACAUUGUAACCGAUUGUAACCUAAUUUAUUUUUUCUACAAGAAAUAAACUUCCAUACAAUAAUUAUCGAUGGCGUUAUAAAUUUUUAUUUAGAAGACAAUAGCUAUUAAAUGAAGUAAAAAAAUAUAUUACGGAAGAGUGUUUGCAGCUUUGCAUUUUUAUUGCAAAAAAAUUUGAAAGAAGACUUGAAAUAAAUGUUAUCUAAUAAAAUAUCUCCCAUUACACGCUUCAUUUUCGAGAGGACCAAAAGUCUAAACAACCUCACUUUAAAAAUGGCUAAAAGUUCCUAUGAAUAUGUCAAGAAAUUUGAAUUGGAUGAUACAAUACUCCCAAACACUUGGAUUGUUAUAAGACUAGACGGUAAAUGUUUUCACAAAUUUUCAGAAGUACAUAAUUUUACUAAACCGAAUGAUAUAAGAGCUCUCAGAUUAAUGAACUAUGCUGCAUUUAAAGUCCUGCAUGAUUUUAAUGAUUUGUUGCUUGCCUUCGGUCAAAGUGAUGAGUAUUCUUUUAUUUUCAAGAAAGAUACAAAUCUAUACAACAGAAGAGCGUCAAAAUUAUUAACAACAAUAAAUAGUAAAUUUUCAACAUCCUAUGUAUUUUAUUGGAAUAAAUUUUUUGAGAAGGAAUCUCUGAAAUAUCCACCAACAUUUGACGGGCGAAUAGUAAUAUACCCAUCUGAUGAAAAUAUUAUUGACUAUCUCAAAUGGAGACAAGCAGAUGUCCACAUAAAUAACCUGUAUAAUACAACAUUUUGGGCACUUGUUCAACAGGGCAACCUUACCCCCGUCCUGGCAGAGAAGCGUCUUUGUGGAACCGUGUCAUCAGAUAAAAACGAAAUCUUAUUCAAAGAAUUCAAUAUAAAUUACAAUAAUGAGCUUCCCAUAUACAAGAGAGGAACAUUAAUGUUAAGGAAAAAUGUCUCAAAUGAAGAUGAGAAUAAAUAUGCAAAUGUUAUUGUUGAUGUUCAUGAUGACAUGCUUAAGGACAACUAUUGGAAAGAUCAUAGCACACUUUUACUACCCAAUUGCAAAAACUCUAUCAGUCAUAAUGGACCACUCACAGACCUUAUAAAAGAACAAAUAAUAGCAAAAAAUAAAUUAAAGAAUAAUAAUCAAAACAAGAAAUAAAACAAAUACUCUUAAA